UCAACGUGAAGACGAUUCACGUGUGUUUGUUUUUGUCUAAAAUAAAAAGUAGAUGAUAUGACUGAAAUAUAAUCAGAUAAUAAAAUGAAGCACAUACGGUUUGAAGAAAACAUAUUAGUAGACGAAGCCUACACAAACUUCGGUAAAGUCGACAAAAAUGCCGAUCAAAAGAAAGGUUAUGGUAUAGCCAAGAAUUUUGCUGAAAAUCUCGAAUAUGGAGAGAAAAAAAAGUGGUAUCAACAGAUGCCAGAAGAGCCUACAAUCAGUAAACAGCCAUCCCAUAUGGAAAUUGAAGAAUUUAGGAAAGAAGCAAACAGUGCAUUACAUGGAGACACUUUAGCUUAUGAAACUAAGACCAACAGAAGCGGAUCUUCAGACCACCAAUGGGCAAGAACUCUGCUUAAUAAAGGUACCAUUGGAGAUAGAGUAGCAGCUGCUACUAUACUUAUACAGGAUAAUCCAGUUUAUAACUUAACAGCAUUGAGGAAUUUGGUGAACAAUGUAAAACCAGCUAAGAAAAAGGAUGGUAUUGUUAUUAUAGACGCCCUUUCGGAACUAUUGAUAUCCGAUCUACUAAUACCAGACGCGAAAUUGCGCACAUUCGAGCAACACGCGCUUGGCCAUUUGGACGAAAUGACAUCUGGUAACAAACAGACAAGAAGAAAUAUACUUAAACUGUGGUUCUUUGAAGAUCAAUUGAAAGAACUGUAUGGGACAUAUGUGGAAGCGCUUAACAAAUUCGCUCACGAUUCUGUGGAAACUAACAAGGAAAAAGCUGUCAGCGCCAUGUCUUAUUUACUUAUGCACCAUCCUGAAAGAGAAAAGAUGUUACUAAACAAUAUAAUCAACAAACUCGGUGAUCCGUCACAAGCAGUCGCAUCGAAAGUGAUCUAUCAUUUGUGUCAGCUGUUGUUCAACCAUCCGAACAUGAAGAGUGUUGUACUUGCCGAAAUAGAAAAGAUGCUGUUUCGUUCAAACAUAUCGCCGCGUGCGCAAUAUUACGGUAUAUGUUUUCUUAAUCAAUUCUAUCUGGGAAAAGACGAUUCAAAGAUAGCAGAAGGACUCAUAAGGAUAUAUUUCUCAUUCUUCAAAGCAUCUAUUAAAAAGGGCGAUAUCGACUCCCGCUUAAUGUCAGCUAUCCUAACAGGUGUCAAACGUGCAUACCCGUUUGCAGACGCAGAAAGACUAACAGACACAACCGCACAUAUAGACGCUAUGCACAAGCUCGUGCACCUGGCGGGGCUCAAUGUUGCUAUACACGCGCUAGCUCUGCUGUACCAUGUGAGCGGAUCUAAUAAGACUGGCGCUGAUAGAUACUACACAGCACUAUACCGUAAACUGACGAACGCUGAAAUAUUCAGCACUUCCCAUUCAGCACUACUCUUCUCGCUCAUUUACAAGUCGUUGAAGCAGGACAAAAACAUAGAUCGCGUAGUUGCGUUUAUUAAGCGAUUGUUACAACUCUGCGGGCACAUGACUCCUGCGCAGGCUUGUGGGAUGCUGUUCUUGAUAUCACAAGUUCUGAAAGAUAGUAAUAAGAAAGAGGCCAUGAAACUUGUGUGGACUAAACGGGAGGUUAAGGAGGAAUCAAAAGAACCAGAAGUUCAAAAUUUAGACGCAGACGAUUCACAAACCACUGUGACAGAAGUAAACUUAAACGACACAAGUGUAGAGAAAGAAGAAGAAAUCGUUCAAGAAGAGAAAGAGUAUAAGAAAAUUGAUCUAUUGAAAGGAGAUAAGAAAGAUCUUUUGAUUGACGACGAAGAAGAAACCUACGUAGACUUAAAGAUAGAUGAAGACGGUAACAUAAAGCCCAAAAAACGUCACACAUCAGCCAUAAGUGGGUGGUACCAUGCGAGGGUUAAACCGGAGGGGGAACAAGGGGAAAAGAAGGGAGACGGAGGGGAUAGAGAAAUGGACACUAAGAUACAAUUAAAGAAGACACUUAAUAUGGAACGGGUACUAUCAGAAUACAACCCCAUGGCUCGCAACCCCGCGUUUUCAGGGGCCUCGUGUAGCGUAUACUUUGAAUUACUACCCCUAGCUGAUCAUUUCCACCCCACUGUGAAAAUGUUUGCUGAGAAACUGUUGAAUAACCAAAUAAUCCAAUACAGCGGUGAUCCGCUAAAAGACUUCUCGGGGAUUCGAUUCUUGGAUCGUUUCGUGUUCAAGAACCCGAAACAACGUGCCGAUGCGCAUGAAGAAGGACAAUUGAAGAAAGUUAAAGGGUCGCAUCCUAAAUUCGCAGUUAGAAAGAAUUAUUUGGCUAAAGGUAUAAAGAGUGUACCAGUGAACUCGGCGUCGUAUUUGAAUGAAGAUAUAUCAAGAAUACCAGUGGAUGAGAAAUUCUUAUAUGAGUUUCUACAAAAGCGUCGAACUACAUCAAAUUCAGAUGACGAGAGCGACAACGACUCAGUCACUAGCGAGGACUUCGAACAGUAUUUGGAUACAGUCACUGGGACUAAGAAAGAAGAAUCGGACGAAGAACUCGACUUCCUUGCUGAUGUGCAAGCAACCAAACAGACAAAACCGAAAAAGAAAGGUGAUGAGAGCAGCGAUGAUGAAAUGGGCGGUGAUGAUGACGAUGAUAAAGAUGAUGGUAGCGAUGGUGAAUUGGACAUUUCCGGUGAUGAUGAUGAACCACAACUGUCUGGUGAAGAUGAUGAAUUACAACUAGAAGGCAGUGAUGACGAAGACAUAAUAGAUGUGCCGGGCAAGAAAUCUAAGAACAAGAAAUUUAAAUUGAAAGGAGGCGACGAUAUCAGUUCACUUUUCGCGUCAGCAGAAGAAUUCUCAACCCUUCUCGAAGAUACGGCAACAAAUAAAAAACAAGGUUCAAGCCAAGCUGUAUCAAACACAGACAAUUCCAGUGUAAAACAACUAGCUUGGGAGGAAAAACGUGACCGAUGGAUCAAAGGAUACAAUAAAACUAUUCUCGGCAAGAAAGGCGGGAAAAAUAAAUUUAACAAAAAACAAAAUGUCAAUUCACACAAGAUGGCGGACAGGAAAAAAGGCGGGAAACGAAAAUCGGGACCGACAGAUGGUGCUGGUGGCAAGAAAAAAAAGUUCAAAUAAAUGCAUGUUUGUAUAAUAAAUAAUUAAUAAAA